AUGGAGGAACACCUUUUUCGUUUGAGAGAAAUGAAUCCUCGAUUAAUUUCACUUUAUGAAAUUGGCAGAACACACGAAAAUCGUUCUAUUGUUACAGCUAAAAUAUCAGCCAGACAAAUAAUGCCUGAUGAAAGUUGGCGUCCAUUUAGAGGGCCGGCAAUUUGGAUAGAUGCUGGGGUACAUGCUAGGGAGUGGAUUGCGCCUGCUACAGCAAUGAUUUUAAUAGCAGCAUUAGUAAAUGGUUAUAAUUCUGAAGAUGUAGGUGUACGCCAUUUAGUUGAACAUAUUGAUUGGUAUAUUACACCUGUACUUAAUCCUGACGGGUAA